UGGUACUCCUAAUUCACAUCAUGCUCAUUCCAAAGAAGAAUCGCAGAGACAUCUACGAAAGUCUAUUCAAGGGUACAGUUAUUUUUCACAACAGCUCAUGUCUCUUCACUUGGCGUAUCGUUCACACAAGUCUUUACGCUCUUCUCCUCUCAUGUCAGAGGGAGUGCUCGUAGCAAAAAAGGAUUUCAAUGCACCAAAGCAUCCAGAUAUCGAUGUACCCAAUCUCCAAGUCAUCAAAGCAUGUCAGAGCUUAGAAUCGCGCGGAUAUGUGAAGACUCAGUUCUCCUGGCAGUACUACUACUACUCAUUGACUAGCGAGGGGAUCGACUACUUGAGAGAAUAUUUGCAUUUGCCACCCGAGAUUAUUCCAACAACGCUAAAGAAGCAGGCUCGGCCUCCUCCACCUAUGAGGGGUCGUUCAGAAACCGAAGGAGGCGAUAGCUAUCGUGGACCACGAGAUCGUGAUACUUAUCGACGUCGUGAUGAUGGUGGCAAGGAGGGAGCUUCAGGUGACUUUAAACCUGAAUUUAAAAGACGUAAUCCAAGGCCAUCGGGAGAUAUCUGA